GAAACUGUGAUUCAGCAUCAUGUACAAAAAAAGGUAGAAUACAGUAAACUUAUAGGUAAUUUCAAAAAGGCUCUAAACUAUUUGAUGGAGGAUAAUGAUCAAAAGAAUUUGAAUGAACUUAUUUUGUCUUAUAUUGCAAGAAAGGAAAAAAAGUGGAAAGUUGAAGCUCAAUCGGUAAUUAUUAAAGGUCAGGCAUUAAAUAACAAUAAUAUUGUAAGACUAGUUGAUAGUCGCAUAUAUGAUGCAGAUAAUAUUCAAGAUCCAAUUGCACAUCAGGGUAAAGGUAGACCUGCCACUAAGCGCUUAAAAGCUUUUACUGAAGAAAAUAAUAAAACAUCUACUAGCAAUACAAAACACACAAAUAGCAGUAAUAGAGAGAAAGGAAUUGAAGUAUCAAGUAUACAUAGAUGUCAUUUGUGUCAUGAAACAGAACAUUAUGCUCCUAAGUGUCCUAAUCAGGAAAAUUAG